CCGCUGGGUUCAACUCACAGCUUGGCCAGCUGAAUAACAUCGCAUACUCGCCGCCCAAACGGCCAACCCCAAGCUUCGCUGCCGAGUUAGCCUCUGCAGCACAUCGUAGGUCCUCGUCGCCGAUGGAUCCAAUGGAUGCGUCAAUUUCGCAUUUCAGAAAUGUCGGGAUAGGAGAUAUUGGUAAUGGUACUGCUGCAGAAAUUGAGGGUUUCAGAUAUCGUGCAGACGAAAUUUGCGUGAAGGUUGAUAAGCUUGAGCAGAGAAUGAAUGAGAUAGAACAGUUCUACUUGAGUAAAAGUAAAAAGCAUCUUAGCACAUCCAAAGGUAGCUCAAUAGCAAAGGAUAAGGAUAAGGAGAAACAUGUUCCAAGUAUUAAGAAGCAGCAGCAAGAUGCAUCACGUCGGGAAGCAGCUGCUGCCAAGAGAAUGCAAGAGCUUAUGCGCCAGUUUGGCACAAUUUUGCGUCUGAUUAUGCAACACAAAUGGGCAUGGCCCUUUUUGGAGCCUGUCGAUGUAGAAGGUCUUAAAUUACACGACUACUAUGAGGUGAUUGACAAGCCCAUGGAUUUCAGUACAAUAAAAAAUCAAAUGGAGGCAAAGGAUGGUACCGGAUAUAAGAAUGUUCGAGAAAUAUGUGCUGAUGUGAGGUUGGUUUUCAAAAAUGCAAUGAAAUAUAAUAAUGAAAGAAGUGAUGUUCAUGUUAUGGCCAAAACUUUGCUGGAAAAGUUUGAGGAGAAGUGGCUGCAACUUCUGCCUAAAGUCACUGAAGAGGAAAAAAGUCGAGAAGAGGAGGAAGCGGAGGCACAGUUGGAUAUGCAGCUUGCUCAGGAGGCUGCUCAUGCCAAAAUGGCAAGAGAUUUAAGUAACGAGCUGUAUGAGCUUGAUGUGCAUUUGGAAGAUCUUCGAGAAAUGGUUGUUCAAAAGUGCAGAAAAACUUCAACCGAGGAGAAGAGAAAGCUUGGGGCAGCACUCACCAAACUGUCUCCUGAAGAUCUAACCAAGGCAUUGGAGAUUGUUGCUCAAAAUAAUCCAAGUUUCCAAGCAACCGCAGAAGAGGUGGACCUCGACAUUGAUGCCCAGAGUGAAUCUACUUUGUGGAGGUUGAAGUUUUUUGUGAAGGAUGCUCUGGAAGUCCAAGGCAAGAGUUCAGCAAUCACGGCUGGUCUGAACAACAAUAGUAAUGACAACAACAACAACAACAUUAGCAAUAACAAUAAACGGAAAAGAGAGAUUUGUGAUGCUAUUGCCAAAACUGCCAAGAAAAAGAUUAAAAAGCCUGCUUCUUAAUAACGUCUCACCAUGGGAGAGUGCAGUUAGGUUGUUUAUUUGGCCGCAUUUCUUGUGAACCUCUGCAGACAAUUCUCAGGGUGCAACUCUCAAGAGUCAGAGAAAGUGUCCAACGGGCGUUCGAAUGAGAAAAUGGCAAGAGCAUGGAUGUUGUCUUCAUCGAUGAUAAUUGUGAAUUAUUACUGAUAUUAACAUUUUUAGGUGCUGCAUAUUUCCUAGAAAUUUAACAGUUUGUAUCUUGAACUCGUGGGGGUGCCUUCUAGUUGUCCUUCAGGUUGUGCUCUGCCAAUUGCCAUUGUAAGAUAUGUUGUCUACAACAACGAUGUCUUCUACCCCCUCUUUUAUUUUUUAUUUCCUUGGAAUUUGUAUGAGAAAGGCAUCAUUACCAAUAUUGGAGUUAUAGCCUUUUACCCUCA